AUGGCUGAAACAAUAUCCAAUUCUCCUGAUAAUAAAUUAUCAAUGUCUGAAAAUAAUGAAUCCUCUAAUUUACAUGAAUUUCGAGAAAUGGUGGAUGUCGCACUUAAUUUAGAUAUGUCAUCACAUACUAUAAACGAUGAUAUAUCUGUUGAUGAACAAAAUAUUGAUGAAGCUUUAUUAUCAGAUACUUGCGAAGAGCAAAUCAAUGGAAGUAAUACAGUUACAUCUGUUACAGUCUCAGAAUUACCCAGUGGAAUUACCGAUUGUCUAAAUGUAGCUGCUAAACAAUUACAUUUUCUUUAUGACAGUGUUGUGAGUACACCAUCAACGGAAAAUGGUGAAGAAGUAGAUGAAAAUCGAACUGAAACAGCAGAAGAAAUAUCUAAUGGUGUUGUUGAACAAUGUACAGAAGAUGAAGAAACAGAUCAUUACGAAUCCUCUUCGACUAUAUCAAAAACAACGACACAUACAACUACAACUAGUAAUCAACCUCAUAAACGACAUAUCAUGAUUAGUUAUAAUCGUUCAUCACGUCAAACAUGCCAGAGAAUUUAUGAUGGUCUUGUGGCACAAAAUUAUAAAGUUUGGAUGGAUUUAACAGAUAUGGCUGAUGAUAUACUUGUUAGUAUGGCACGUGCUGUAGAGAAUUCUUAUAUUGUAUUACUUUGUAUUAGCCAAAAAUACUAUGAAAGUGAUUAUUGUCGAUUAGAAGCAGAAUAUGCAGCUGAAAAUCGAAUUAAAUUUAUUCCAUGUCUAAUGGAAAAAUCAUUCCGUGCUCAGAGUUGGUUAGGUAUUAUUAAAGGUUCAAAUGUCCAUAUUGAUUUUUCUGAAUCUGAAGAUUUUGAUCAAUCAUUUAAUGAAUUAAUUCGUCAAAUAACUUAUGUUGAAAGAAAAUUAUCUUUGCAACCUCGUCGUACACCCGCUCCUGGCCCAAUGAUAAAUCCAAUGAAAUUACUAUCAAUGCCGCCACAACCUAGUGUAGCAUCAACAUUUACAAAUGAUGUAAAUUCUCGUCGUUUUGAUGCUAUUAUUCGUGAAUAUAAACAAUCAAUAAAAAAGAAACGUCAUCAUUUAACUCGAUUAAAACGAAGUGAAUUAUCUGAUCUUAUUUUAAAAAUUCGUCAAGAAUUAUUUACUGAAACAUCCCAAGUUUUAUCAGAUGGUGAAAGAUCCGAUGAUGAAGAUGAAAAACAAAAUAAUAAUAAUAAUAAUAAUGAACAAUAUUUACAACAACUUGUAACUCGUUCAUUAGAUCAAAAUGAAUUAUUAUUAAAAUUAGUUGAUCGUUUAACAACACCACAACCAAUGGAACAAAAUAAUUCACAAAAUUUAAAUAUGGAUGGAAUUAUUAAAGUAAUUAUAGCUAUUAUGCUCCUAUGGACACUAAAUAUAAUAUGUCACAAAAAAGAAUAA